AUGAGCACCGUGCUCUCGUCCUUGGGAACGAUCGAACAAAAAAUUGACCUACUAGGUGCCAUUUCCGAUCCGCCACCCGCUGAACCCUCGCCACCUCUGCACCGUCCUCCCGUCGCCAUCCAGACCAUUUCGCUUCGCGGAGCACCCAUGUCUACGGUGCAGAGUGCAUACUCCAUGGCCAGCAAUGGCAUGGCCGAAAAUAACAGCACAACACCUUCAGUACGAUCGCCCCUACCACUUCUACAUCAGCUCUACCGCACAGACCAGUGGUGCUGCGAUCCUGUGUCGCUUGGAAUUUUGUCUUUGCAAGACGCUCAACACUUGGUUGAUUUGUAUUUUGAACAGAUGCACAGCAUGGCACCACUUCUUACAAGAAGCAUACAUUCAAACGCAGCCGAUCUGCGCCAGCGGUCAACACUGUUGUUUCUUACCGUCUGCUGUGUGGGAGCGCGAAGUCUUUCCCAGCCCGGUCAAAACAUACACGAUCUGGCUGCAUUGCUAGACUUUUCACUGUCUCGGGUGGUUCUGGGACGCACAGACCGCAUCACGCUGGAGCAGCUCGAGUCUCUGCAGCUCUAUGCUCAUUGGAUGCCGCUGAGAGCAAGUCAGAGCGCCAGCAGAUACAACGAGGUUUCUGUAUGGAACGUAAUUGGACUCACGAUCCGAUGGGUCAAAUUCAUGGAUCUCGAGGGCCACCUGCAAACAAAAUUCACUGGCUCGCUCGAAGACGUGCGAAUUUUGCGGAUCAUGCUCAAUCUCGUUUCUCUGGACUACCAAACUCACCUUUCCACGCAGCUGCCCACGACAAUCGACCCUGUUCCGCUUGUGGCCCUCGCCAGGAAGUUCUGCUCUACGGCUAGUGCAGAAGCCAACGACCACAAGCUGCUAGGGCUUUGUGAACUCACUCUGGCUCUCAAGCACGCAACGGAUCUAAGAUACGUGAACUUCUUUCUGGACGAAUGGGCAGCCGAAUGGACGAAUUACCCCAAUGCGCAGCUCAGCCUAUCUGAAAUACCAUUCACCUCCAUGCGCUGGUACCGUCUGAGUCUUAAUAGUGCGCCUCUUGCAGGGCUGUGUGCAGGGUUGCCCGUCCCGGAAUCUGAGCAACGAUCUGUGCUGGCGGCCUUGAAACGCAGUGUAGAGGCAGCACUCUAUAUGUUUGGCUUAUUUCUCGAGACUCCCGGAUGGGAAGAACCAAAAGUGAACCACUCGUUUCUGUCUCGCUUCCGCUGCGCCAUUGAUUCCUACUGGAUGACACACGCGUUUGCAUUUAUCUUGCUUAGCAUUUUGUAUGCUCGAGGAGCAGUGGACGAGAGAUUUUUCUGCCGCAUUCCGACACAGAACCAAACAGCUCCUCCGGCUCCCAACUCGCCGCUUUCCAACCUUCUCCAGCUCGGGCUCACCAUUUUUGACCUCGACUCUACUCAUCCUGCUGCGCAUAUUGCUGCUCUGGUCCACCAGGUCUAUGACUCGCUUGAACUGCUAGACGACUCCAAAAACUACGUUGAGGACGUCUUCCCGAUUCCUCUUGACGAAGGGUUUGAUCUUAACUUGUUUCUGGCUCGUCAGUGUGGUGACUACACGUAG